AUGUCCUCCCCCAACACACUGACCGUUACGGAUGAAGGUACAAAACCCUCUUCCGGAACUGUCGACACAAACCCUGCUCACAAGACGGCGGAAACUCCAGUGUCCCUCAGCCAUGAAGACGAGAGCCCGUCGCCAUCCCAAGCUGUCACUAACGCUACUCCCGAGACCACUUAUACGACCACCUCUAGCUCAAGUGUGACCAGUGGAGUGGUUUCGGACAAUGAAUCAUCGACAUCUCUGACCGGUACGGAAAUCAUGGCCAUGCGUCGGCAAAGAACAGUCAAUCGCAUUAUGCAACACUUUUGCCAAUACUUGGAGUGGAUAUCCAAAGGCAAUGCUGUUCGAGCAUCAACUGAGCCUUUUCACCAGAAUCUCUUGAGAACGCCGAAUCGCUCUGCCUCCAGCAGCUCACGUUGCUCGACGUUCAAUAUACCUUCUCCAUGUCGCCCAUUGAAUCAUUAUCUCCAUUUCGAGAAUGGAACAAUAGAUUCCGGUGUUGAUGUGUCGUAUAGCGCAGGUUCUUUAGGGGAACCUUCUAAGGAAGGGCGUUCGGGCGAGUGCUUGCCAGAUCCGUGGACCGCAUUAGAACUCCCUGUACCGGCUACCUCUAGAGACAGCGAAGACUUCCGCUUCUCAAAAAACUUGCCUAGUGCCCCUGGGUUUCUAACCAAUCAUACCUCUGUAUCAUGGUAUCCUUCAGUGCUUGAGCUCGAUGAUGGACCCGAACCUUCAACCAAAAUCAAUGGCAUUUUGCACGACUCAACUCCUACUCCCAACCUGCACCUUGCUGUCAACACUAUGAGGAGUGAAAUCGGACGCCCGGUCAAUGGUACCAACCAAAGCAAUGGAAUACGAAAGCAUGCGGCCGAGGAUGACGGUGACCACGAUGGCAGCCGGAAGAGACAGAAAGUAGACGAUGGCCGGAAGUUUUCUUGCCCCUUUUUCAAGAGGAAUGCUCGCAAGUAUUCCAAGUGGACGUCUUGUCCAGGACCGGGCUGGGAUGAGAUUCACCGGGUCAAGUAUGCCAUCCCCAAAGUUACCUAUGCGACUCAUUUAUACCGACGUCACGAACUCAUCCAGUGCCCGCGCUGUUGGAGCACCCACAAGAACAACAAGUCGCUCGUUGCCCAUCUCCAAACAGAUCCAUCGUGCGAGAAACAACCAAACUUGAGUAUAGUUGAUGGUGUUACUCCGGAACAAAAGGAGAAACUGCUCAGUCGCAAAAAGACGCAUGGUGACAUGACAGACGAGGAGAAAUGGCGUCACAUGUACAUGAUCUUGUUUCCGGAUGACGAUAAAGACUCGAUUCCGUCGCCCUGUAAGCCUUCGCUUCUUGUGUGA